AUGGAUGUAAAUCCAGUAGAAAAUAUUCUCUACGUUGCAGAUUCCUACAAAAUAACCCAUCAUAGUCAAUACCCAAAAGGCACCAGUCACGUGUACAGUUAUUUUGAGAGUCGAGGUGGCAAAUUCUCAGAAGUGUGCUUCUUCGGUUUGCAGUAUUUAUUGAAGCGUUGGUUAGUGGGACCGGUUGUGAAUAAGCAAAUGAUACAGCAAGCGAAACAUUUUUAUAAAGUUCAUUUUGGUGAUCUGGAUGUGUUCAAUGAAAGUGGAUGGAAUCACAUUGUUGAGGUGAAUUCCAUAAAAGCAGUCCCUGAGGGCACGGUUGUUCCGGUCAAAAAUGUUCUUUUCACGGUUGAGAAUACUGAUCCCGAAGUACCGUGGCUCACCAAUUGGUUCGAGACAUUGCUCGUACAAAUGUGGUAUCCGAUGACCGUGUGCACUAAUUCUCGCGCUCAGAAAUGUAUACUGGCAAAAUAUUUGCAUGAGACAGCCGAUUCACUUGAUGGUUUACCAUUCAAGUUACACGAUUUUGGUUAUAGAGGUGUUUCUUCAGUGGAGAGUGCAUCUAUCGGAGGUGCAGCGCAUCUCGUAAACUUCGUUGGUACGGAUACUAUCGCAGGAUUACAAUUAUGUCGAAAGUAUUAUUCGUCGAUGAUGGCCGGUUUUUCGAUACCAGCUGCUGAGCACAGUACAAUAACAGCGUGGAAGAAAUCUGGUGAAUCAGCAGCUUAUAAGCAUAUGCUCGAGCAAUUCCCGGAUGGUUUGGUAUCGGUCGUAAGCGAUUCGUAUGAUGUUUACAAUGCUGUUUCGAAUAUUUGGGGUGAGCAGCUGCGAGAUAUGGUCAUUGAUCGUGCCAAUCGCGGUGGAUGUCUCGUUAUCCGACCUGAUAGUGGUGAUCCUUGUCAAGUUGUUGUCAAGGUUCUGAAUUUAUUGGCCGAAAAGUUUCCGACGUCAACAAACUCGAAAGGAUAUCGAGUAUUACCAUCGUAUUUAAGGAUUAUGCAAGGUGAUGGAGUGAGCUAUGAAACUAUUGGAAAGAUUCUUGAAGCAAUGAAAGUUGAUGGGUGGAGUGCAGAGAAUAUUGCAUUCGGCACAGGUGGUGCGUUAUUGCAGAGAUUGGAUCGAGAUACGCAGAAGUGUGCAUUUAAAUGUUCGCAUGUGAUUGUUGAUGGUGAAGGCGUUGAUGUUUGGAAAAAUCCGACAACGGAUACUGGAAAAAAGUCGAAAAAAGGUCGUUUAACAUUGCAAAGACGAGAUGAUGGUUCAAUUGUGACGAUUCAAGAAGGCCUUGGCGAUGAAUCUAAGGAUAUGAUGGUGACAGUAUUUGAAAAUGGUCGGUUGUUGGUUGAUUAUACACUUGAUGAAAUAAGAGAACGUGCCGAAAUUGAUCUCGUUAAACAAAUGAAGCGGAAAAAGCGAAACGUAUUCGGAAAUAAUAGCGCAGCUGGUGAUAAUGCAAGCACGAAAAAUAUCAAAUCUAGUACGGCAACUGCUAAUGUCAUAAUGCAGCAAUUCAUAUCUGGUUGGGGUCCAGGUGGACAGAAGGUGAAUACGGCACAGAAUGCAGUGCAGUUACGACACAAGCCAACCGGUGUGGUCGUUAAGGUGCAUCAAUCGAGAUUACUCCCAAAAAACAUCGACAUUGCUUAUGACAGACUGAAAUACGCUGUGGAUCGAUAUUUGAAUGGCGAAAAUUGUUAUGAAGAACAGUUGAAGAGGUUAGAACGUUUGAAGGAGGAGAGAUCCAACAGAAAACGACAGUUAAGACGUCAGUUAAAACAAGACUUACUGAAUAACCCUUAA